AUGGCGUGGCCACGGCCGGCGAGGGUCAUCUUCGGCAAGUGCGAGAUGGGCAGCCUUCUCGGUGAAGGCGCCUCCGCCAUGGUCUUCCGCGCCCGCCACAUCACCUCCGGCCACACCGUGGCCAUCAAGGUGUUCCGGAAGCCCUGGCGCCGCCCCGGCUCCUCCGCCCCCGUCGAUUUCUUCAUCCGCGAGAUCUUUGCUCUUCGACGCCUCCGCCACCGCCACAUCAUCUGCCUCCACGAGGUCCUCGCCUCCCGGUCCAAGCUCCUUUCGGCCGUCGCCUACUGCCACUCUCGCGGCGUCUUUCACCGGGACCUCAAGCCCGAUAACCUCCUUCUCGACGACACCGGCAACCUCAUGGUCUCCGACUUCGGCAGCCAACGCGGGACGCGAGGAUUCAAGGCGCCGGAGAUCCUAUCAAGGCAGGAUUACGACGGGGCGAAGGUGGACAUUUGGUCGUGCGGGGUGAUCCUCUACCAGCUCAACGCCGGCUACCUCCCCUUCAAGGACCACGACAACCCCAUGUCGCUCUACCGCGAGAUCCACCACCAAGGCCACCGCAGCUUCCCCCUCCGGACGCCACCCGCUCUCCGCCGCCUCAUCGCCCGACUCCUCGACCGCAACCCCGCCACCCGCAUCUCCAUUGAUGGCAUCCUCCGCGACUCCUGGUUCGCCAAGGACUUUGACGCCGACCAGUGGGCGGCCAUGAUGCGGCCCCGCCGCAACAACCCCGGCGCCGGGCAGCACGACCGCCGGCUUGGCGGUGAGCUCACCGCCUUCGACAUGAUCGUCUCCUCCCCGGGGCUCGACCUCUCGGGCCUCUUCCUGGAUACGGCGUCGCGAGAGCGAUUCGCAUCGGUCGAGCCGGUGGACAAGAUCAUAGACCGGGUCGAGCAGGUGGGGAAGGCAGACGACUUGUCAGUGGUGAGGGACGAGUGGGAGAGGCGGUCGGGCGCGGUGGUCGAGGGGCAAAACGGAGAUUUCAUGCUGAAGGUGGAGGUUUACCGGUUAACCGGCGACACCUCGGUGGUGGAGGUGGAGAUGGAGGCGUGCAGCGGAGCGGUCGGAAGAUUCUGGAACGAGAAGCUGAGGCCGGCGUUGGUGGACCGGGUCGGAGACCGCUGA